UCCCGGAAGUAAACUGCACCAACUUCCUGUUUAGCCGCUCCACGUGUGCAGACUAGCGACAUUCGCUUGGCGUUAUAAAUAAAAUUAAUUCAAGGCAAGCGACUCGUUUACCAUGUUGAAGGAACUGGGCUUUAUCGGAACCAUCCAGGACGACGAGCAGAGUCCGGAAGAAGACGACAGCGACUCCGAGGAAGAGGAUGAAACCAUCAUCCUGAACCGGAAGAAGAAGUUUGGCAGUCAGAAAGGUGGCGCCAAAUACUUCAACAGCGACUUUGUGUUUGGCGAACGAGAUGCGCUGGAGGCUGAAGAUGACUGGCUUGCGCCUGACGUCGUCAAGCAGCUCAAGAAGAAGAGAAGUAUGACCACUCUGGAUCAGAAGAUCGAGCAAGUCCGCAAGAAGAGAAAAGCCCAGGAGAAAGCCUCGGAGCCCGUAGGAGAUUCGGUGGGGGAAAAAGAUGUGGCGGCGGAGGAGGACGAAGAAGAAGAAGAAGAAAAGGCAGACACGAAGCCUAGCCGUGAUGGCGAAGAGGAUGAAGAAGACGAAGAGGACGAGUUUAACUCAGAUGACGAGCGGAUCCUCACCCAAGCGGACACACUGAGGGAGAAGCCACGACGCGGGAAGCGGAGGGAGGCAGACCAGGAGGAAGAGGCGCAGUCGUUCGACGAAGACGCAUCACGGUUUGACGAGGCGCUCAAUUUUGACGACAUGAACCUGUCCAGACCGAUCUUAAAGGCAAUUGCGGCGCUGGGCUUCAAGCAGCCCACACCCAUCCAGAAGGCAUGCGUCCCCGUGGGGCUCUUGGGCCGAGAUCUCUGCGCCUGCGCCGCCACUGGCACAGGGAAGACAGCCGCCUUCAUGUUGCCCGUGUUGGAGCGCUUGGUGUACAAGCCCAGGACGUCGCAGGUGACCCGUGUGCUGGUUCUGGUUCCCACCCGAGAGCUGGGCAUCCAAGUACACUCAGUGGCGCGCCAGUUGGCACAGUUCACCUCCAUCACAGUCUGCCUGGCCGUCGGCGGCCUGGACCUGAAGUCUCAGGAGGCGGCGUUGAGGGCGAGUCCGGAUGUCCUGAUCGCCACUCCCGGGCGCCUCAUCGACCAUCUCCACAAUACACCCAGCUUUGAGCUGGCGCACAUCGAGAUCCUUAUCCUGGACGAAGCCGACAGGAUGCUGGACGAGUACUUUGAGGAGCAAAUGAAAGAGAUCAUCAGGAUGUGUUCUUACACCAGACAAACCAUGCUCUUCUCCGCCACCAUGACCGAGGAGGUGAAGGAACUGGCGGCGGUGUCGCUGAAGAAGCCCGUCCGCAUCUUCGUCAACAGCAACACGGACGUGGCGCCAUACCUGCGGCAGGAGUUUGUGCGUAUCCGGGCCGGACGAGAGGGCGACCGCGAGGCGGUGCUGGCGGCUCUGCUCACCAGAAGUUUCCAGGACCACGCCAUGGUCUUCACGCAGACCAGGAAGCAAGCACACAGACUGCACAUUCUGCUGGGACUCAUGGGCCUCAAGGUCGGUGAGCUGCACGGGGAACUCAGCCAGAACCAGAGACUGGAGAAUCUCAGGCGUUUCAAGGACGACCAGAUCGACAUCUUGGUGGCCACAGACGUCGCGGCCAGAGGUUUAGACAUUGAUGGCGUCCAAACGGUGAUCAACUUCACCAUGCCGUCAACGGCGAAGCACUACGUCCACCGCGUGGGGCGUACGGCGCGAGCGGGUCGCACGGGCCGUUCCGUCUCGUUGGUCGGUGAGUCGGAGAGGAAAAUGCUCAAGGAGGUGGUCAAGUCGGCCAAGAGCGCCGUCAAGGCUCGUGUGCUUCCCACAGACGUCGUCCUCAAAUUCCGGGACCUCAUUUCCAAACUGGAGAAAGACGUGUAUGCCGUGCUCACCCUGGAGAAAGAAGAGAGGGAAAUGGCUGCCUCUGAGGCCAAGUUGAGUGUGGCCCAAAAGCGUCUGGAUGGCACCGCCUCCAACGAGCCUCAACGGGUUUGGUUCCAGACGCAGCAGGAAAGGAAGCAGAUUCGCAUCAACAAGGCGCUGCAGGAAUUUGACUUGGCUCUACGAGGGAAGAAGAAGCGUGACAAGUUCAUCAAGAGUGGCAAGAAAAAGAAAGACAUGACGGCCGAGGAGCGCUCUCAGUUCGAAAUCCUCAAGGCACAGAUGUUCGCCGAGCGAGCUGCGAAGCGACAGCGACGACCCAAGAGGGCCAGGGCAAUGGCCGACGACGACCACAACGAAGCGCCCCCGAAAGACAAUAAGAAGACGGGAAAAGGAGGCCGAAAGUCGGCCUUUGACAAGGAGUUGACCAAUGUCAGCGACAAAGCCCUCAAACAAUACAGAGCGGGGCCAUCCUGGACGGACAGGAAACGGCUGGGUUUGGACAGGAAGCGCUCGGGUGGCUCCAGGUUCAAGAGGAAGUAAGCGGCGGCGGGCAGCAUUUUUGUGUGAAUGAUCCACUUGAUGUUUUGAAAUAAAUUGGCAAAGACUGAGUUGUUGGGUUUAUUUUCAACAAUUGCAAAUGCCUCUCCUCCUCUUGUAAGAAUUGAUAUACUGUACACAGUAGUACCUCAAAAUAUGAUCCUUUUGACAUCAGACAUAAAAUUUGACUCGUAACGACAAAUGACGAUUUAUGAUAGCGUUGCAAUUUCAUUGUUUUCCCGCAAAACGGACGCACCGCUAAUUUUCUUGUAAAAGAAACCAACAUAGGUCCCAACAAGGUUAUUGCAGGUGGUGAAAAAAGGAAAAAGGUGACGCUUACCAUUGAAAUGAUAGAAAAAUAUGAGCGUUGAGUGUGCGUCAGUGAAGUACCUCGACAGUACGGCUGGAAUAUGUCUAAGAUCUUGAUGGUCCUCCUAUUUCCGUUGGCUAGCCUUUCUACGUUAAGCUGACAAUUAUUUUUGUAACAUUGGCUAGGAAGUCACCAGCUUCAUCAGGUUUUUAAUAGUUUAUUUCAGAAAUUGUUCAACACAACACAGCUACUGUCCACCAGUGUUGUUAAU